AUGGCUGGGAGAGGAGGUGUUGAUAUGGAGGCGUUAUCACCUAGAGAUGUAAACGCCCUCCCGAAGCGCACCACCGAUCUCAAAGCAAAGGCUGCUGCCCAGUUAAGGACAGCCAAAGACAAGGACCACCCUCCUCCUCCACCACCGCAGGUCGUUGAGCCGCCCAGUUCUGAUCGCAAGAAUGGAGCUGUGUACCAGGUCGGGAAAUUGCUGGGCAAGGGCGGCUUCGCCAUUUGCUACGACGGCAAGCAUGUCGACACGGGGAAGAAAUACGCACUGAAAAUUGUGAAGAGUACAAUGCCUGUCAAGAUGCAACAGAAGUUUCAAACUGAGCUUCAAAUCCACUCCAAGAUGAGACACGCAAACAUCGUGCAGUUUCACCGAGCGAACAUGAAUGCUAAGGUCGGCGACUUUGGUCUGGCUGCCCUAUUGGUCACUGGUAACGACAUGCACACCAUCAGGAGGACCACGCUUUGCGGCACGCCGAACUACAUUGAAAUCUUGCAAAAGGGAAAAGCUGGACAUGACCACAAUGUGGACAUUUGGAGUCUGGGCAUCAUAAUGUUCGCCAUGCUUACCACGAAGCCACCAUUCCAGUCCUCAACUACAGACGAGAUUUAUCGCCGCGCGCGGGACAGAGACUAUGACUGGCCACAGAACGACCAGAAACUCAUUAGUCUGGAAGUGAAGGAUAUCGUGGCCUCCAUGUUGGUUGAAGCAGACCGAAGACCAGAUCCAGACGCAAUUGUUCAGCAUCCUUUCUUCACUGCUGGCUACGUUCCGGCCCAAGCCGACAUUACAUCGAGGCUACGGGAGGCAGCACCAGAGCAGGAGAUCUUUCACGACUCCUGCGCGAGCCCUAGGCUACAAGAGAGGGUUCAGAGCAACCUCAGGGAGCUUUGCCAACAAUGUGAAGUCGGCCCUUGGCAGCAGAAAAUCCAACCAGUAAAGGCAGCCAUAUGGAGGGAGAUUGCUUCGGAGGAGAAGCAUGGCCUGACACCCAGCAUCCCAUUGGCCGUCGACAUCGUCUACCGACCUUACGACGAACUGAGGAGGGAAAAGCAGCAGCUCCAAGCAUCACAAUCAGUAUCCUUAUUGUGCGAGAAAACCGAGGCACUUACUCUUGAUGCGCCCGCGAAAUGGGCACCCUCUGGAUGGCUCAAAGCGCCACCUCAGAGCUUCGCAGCUCAACAGAGGGCAGCGAACAAGCCCCCAAAUGCCAUCCCCAGCUCACGAACACAGCCUUCAAUGAACGCGGCGCCGGCGAGACCGCCGGCGACCCGAUCUCGUGGGAUCAAGAAAGAUAUUCCUCUGACCACCAGCGGGGCAUUGUCUGUGGAGGACCAUGAGCAAGCAAAGAAGGUAUCAACAAGAGCAACGCGGACGCAAUUGCCCUCCAGCAGGACUCAGCCGACCGCACGACCAGCUCUUGCACCGAGAUCAUCUUCGACCGCAAAAAUUGACCCCCCGCCGCAACCAAAGGAAGAUCCCAUAGGCGAGAAGAAAGUUGUGUCGCUUUUUGGGCCGGGAGAGCAGCAAGAGUACCUCGAGGAUACCAGGCCUGACCUUGUGCUCAGCAGGAUGCGGAAGCUGCAGGCAGAACUUGAGCGGGCUCUCAAUUCUCGAUCCAUGGCCUACAUCUCGACCAAACAGAAGGGGCCAGAAAUUCCCAAGGUCGUUGUCAAGUGGGUGGACUAUACGAACAAGUUUGGACUUGGCUACAUCUUGAACGAUGGUAGCGCAGGGUGCAUCCUCAACAGUGUCACUGCGCCGGGAGGAGAUGCUCAAGCGGUGCUGCCCCCCUCAUUUCUGCUUGUUCACGAUGCUGAGAAGCACAUCUCACGGAGGAACGACGAGACAUAUCACGAGAGGCAACAAGUCGUGCCGAUGAUGGAGCCCAUCUACUUCUACGAAACCCAAGGGCGAGGAAGGGAUCAGCCGAGUGACCUCGUCACAUUCUAUCAGAGAUUUGGGGACGUCCAGUUCAACUUUCCCGACCACACCAAGAUAGUACUUGACCGGACAGGCGCUUGGUGCCACUUCUGGCACCUAUCCCAGGAGGCCGCAGAGCAGCUCGCCAGCACUGGCGGCAUGGAUGAGGCAUCGUUAGAUGACCGUGCUGUGCUGUCAUAUCCCCUCCAGACUCUCCUCAACUUCUCGACGGUGCCUAAGGCGUCGCAACGCAAUGUUCCCAACUCCACCCGGCACCGACCAGAGAUCCCACUGGAGCUUCAAGGCAUACCGGCCGCGAACGAUUUCCGCCGCAAGGUCGAAUUCAUCAGGGCAGUUGUGAAGGAGUGGGCAAGGAACGGGGGCAUUGGAAAGAGUGACAUGUCGCGAAAUGGCCGGCUGAAGUGGCCUGGGCUGCGGCAGACCAAGGACUGCGAGGUCUUGUCCAAACAGGCCUGGGUUACGGUUGGUGCGCGAGGAGAAGACAGUCGGCAUGCGGUGUGGGUGGACAGUCGCAACCCGACUACGUUGCUCGACGAGAUUGACGAGACCAAGAAGAGCUAG